UUUGAGUUGUUCUAGGAGUAUAUGAAGAAGCCUAGGAUAAUUAGCUUAAAAGACAUUAAAUCUGGUUAUAUACAUUUUGGGCAUCAGUUUGAUGUUUGCUAGUGAUAUCUCAUGCUGUGCAGUUAUGCUUUGCUUCUAGGGGCUUUUCUUUCUAAAACAAUAGAAAGCUCUUUUCAUUCUCUGUGUGCUGCAUGUUCCAGUGUGUGUUUACACCAUCGGCUUCUACCUCUAGAGAUUAGCAUAACUCCCUUUGCUGUUCGAUUGUUGUUUUGAGCAAUAUGUUUUGGAAAGGUUGGUUUUCAUCAUGAGUGCAUGCAAAUCAUCAGAAGCAUCUGCUUGCUCCUCUUCAGAAGUAUCUGUGAAAGAGUUUCUAGCCAAAGCCAAAGAAGACUUUUUAAAAAAGUGGGAAAAUCCUGCUCAGAAUAAUGCCGGCCUGGAGGAUUUUGAAAGGAAAAAAACUCUUGGAACAGGUUCAUUUGGAAGAGUCAUGUUGGUGAAACACAAGGCCACUGAGCAGUAUUAUGCUAUGAAGAUCUUAGAUAAGCAGAAGGUUGUUAAACUGAAGCAAAUAGAGCAUACUUUGAAUGAGAAAAGAAUAUUACAGGCAGUGAAUUUUCCUUUUCUUGUUCGACUGGAGUAUUCUUUUAAGGAUAAUUCUAAUUUAUAUAUGGUUAUGGAAUAUGUUCCUGGGGGUGAAAUGUUUUCACAUCUAAGAAGAAUUGGAAGGUUCAGUGAACCCCAUGCACGGUUCUAUGCAGCUCAGAUAGUGCUAACAUUCGAGUACCUCCACUCACUAGACCUCAUCUACAGAGAUCUAAAACCUGAAAAUCUCUUAAUUGACCACCAAGGUUAUAUCCAGGUCACAGAUUUUGGGUUUGCUAAAAGAGUUAAAGGCAGAACUUGGACAUUAUGUGGCACUCCAGAAUAUUUAGCUCCAGAAAUAAUCCUCAGCAAGGGCUACAAUAAGGCAGUGGAUUGGUGGGCAUUAGGGGUGUUAAUCUAUGAAAUGGCAGCUGGCUACCCCCCAUUCUUUGCAGACCAACCAAUUCAGAUUUAUGAAAAGAUUGUUUCUGGAAAGGUUCGAUUCCCGUCGCACUUCAGCUCAGACCUCAAGGACCUUCUACGGAACCUGCUGCAGGUGGACCUGACAAAGCGCUUUGGAAAUCUAAAGAACGGUGUGAGUGAUAUAAAAACUCACAAGUGGUUUGCCACAACAGAUUGGAUUGCCAUUUACCAGAGGAAGGUUGAAGCUCCAUUCAUACCAAAGUUCAGAGGCUCUGGAGAUACCAGCAACUUUGAUGACUAUGAAGAAGAAGAUAUCCGUGUCUCUAUAACAGAAAAAUGUGCAAAAGAAUUUUGUGAAUUUUAAACAUGAGCAACAAGAGGACAUCAGAGCUCACGCUCAGUCUUUGCACUCUGUUGGGAGAUCAAGGUGGAGCUGAGACCGUCCUUGUUGAAGCAGUUACCCAGUUCCUUCAUUCCAGCGACUGAGUGAGGUCUUUAUUGCCAUCAUCUGUGUGUGCACUCUGCGUCCACCGUGUAGCCAGGCACCGCUAAGCCAGCAUUGUCUGCCAUGGCACAGAACUAGACACGUCCCUGCUUCUCUUUGGUUUGUCUUCUCCUCUCCUGCAUCCAUUGUUUUCUUUUUCCUUUUCGUUUGUUUUCCUCCAAACAGUGCUCUGUUUUAUUUUGCUGGUGUUUCAGAUGGGCAGUGUUAUGGCUAUGUGACAUUUGAAGGGAAGGAUAAGUGUUGCUUUUAGUAGUUCUUGUCAAUAUUUUUGUUGGUCAAUGGCUCGAAGAGAUACUUCCUAAUAAUUAUUUUUACUUGGAGUAGCUCAGACUCAGUUUUGCCAGAACUCUUGACAAUUUUUGAAGAUAGACUGUUUUAUCACCAAGGAAAUAUAUAUAAAUUAAAAUACUAACUUUCUUAAAAGCCACUGUUCUGGCCAUAAAUUUGGAUAGACUAACAUAGAGUAGCUAGAUCCAGAAAUAUGGAUUCCUAUAGAUCAGAGGUUCUAGUUUCCCUCACCUCUUUUUUUAUAUCAUCCUCCCCUUGAGUAAUUAAAUAACCAGCCUGUGCAGUGUGACAAACAUGUCGCAUUCGCAAGAAAAACUAAUCGUUGGAUUAUCAUCAUCCAGAUUCUCUCUCUUGGUAUCAGCAUUUCUGUAGGUAUCAGAGAAGAGUUGUAAUAUUUCUAAGCCUUGACUCUUCCAUAAGGGUUUUAGCCAGUGUUUUAAUAGAAUAUGACUAAUGAAAGUGACAAAACGUUAAGUUUCUCAAGUAAGUCCUCAUUGUAAACUUUUUAAAGGAAAAGAAAUGACUAAAAGGAACAUUAAUGUGGACAAAUACUUUAUUAAAUCAAGCAAAUGGCUUAAUUUUUGUAAACACUAUAGACAUGCUCUUAUUUAAAUGAGGUUUUCCAUGUUUUUGCUUUGCUAUGUUUUAUCACAGCUAAGAACAAAGGACGUUGUUCAGGUUCUUAUUUGUCAGCCUGAGGUAAAGGUUGUCUUGCAACUUUGACAUUUAUCCUGUGCCUCAUCAAUGAGGAAAGGAACAAACUUUAUAAAACUGCCACAAUUGUAUUUUAAUUUUGAGAUGUGAUAUUUUCAGAUAUGUAAUAAUUUCUAGCCUCUUCUUUUAGUAAACAAAAUGUGUGAUCAUACAGAUGCUAUUUUAGCAUUGAAGCUUAGUUUUUUUAUAUACUCUUGCCAACUGACUUAACAACGUUGUGGUGAUGUGGAAAUUUCCAGCACGUUUGCACAUUUAGUUUAGUGUUUGUUGAGAGUCCAGGGCUUAACUCCGUUGUUAAAACAAUUUUUUGCUUUGCUUUUAUAUUUUCCCAUCUGGUUUUUUUCUCUGUGUCAGUGACCUGUCUUAAAACAACACACCAAAAGAGCUGAAAAUAAACUGUGCUCAUUUUUUAUGAUCUAUUAACAUGCAUAUAAGAGUUGUUUUUAAUCAAAUUGAUCUUAAGGUAUGUCAGCAUUCUGUUUGCUUCAUUAUCGGUGCAGGUAGGUCACUGACUGCUUUUCAUCUCUCCCACACACACCCCUGUAAAACCUUGGAAGACAUUGAAAAAGCCUGUCUGAGAUGUUUUCUGGAUUGAUCUGUAUAUCUUGGUUGUCAAGCGUUUCUGCAUGGUUAUGUCGUUUAUAAGCUGAUACUGAUUUCAGCUUCUGGUCCACCUGUAUUUAAAAUGUGCAAGAAAUAUGAGCUACUUUGCCGUAGCAAGUUUGUUGUAACAGAAAUAUAUCAUCGUGUUGAUAAACUUAUAAAGCUUCAUUUGUAUAAAAUAUUUUAAUUAGUUUUUUUGCAUUUCAUUUAGACCCAAGAACAUGCUGAUCAUUGUAUUCUAUAUGUAUGCUACAAAGUCUAUGGUAGCUUUGUUGUAUAUUAUUGUAAAAUUAUUUUAAUAAAUCAUGGGGAUGACAAUUUGAUUAUUACGUUUUAGUUUUCAGUAAUUCAAAAGAUUUCUAUGAAUUCUAAAAAUAUUUUUUUUAAUGAAAUUGCUAUUGUCCAGCACAACAUGCUGUAAAAUCUCUCUGGGUAGAUGACCCAUAGGCAAUAUGUUAUUGUUUUUAAGAGCUAUUUAGCCAUUCCAUCUUCUGUCUAUUUAAAGGACAUGAGCAAGCUUUUAAAUAUAUCAAGGAAGUCUCUUUCCAACCUAUCCAGGACACUAAAUUAGAAUAUCUUAAAAUUAUACAAAAUUCUCAAUGUCUGCCACAAUUUAGCCAAGAACAAUAUACAUACUUGAAUAAAAAAUAAGUGGCAUGAAUCAGUAUUUAGCCUUCAAUUACAUUAUUUGAAACAGAAGAAAUUUUAUUUUAAUUGGUAAAUAAUAAGCAGAUGGCAUUGUAGAGGAAGGAGCCCUAGACUGAAAGCCAGGACAUCCUAGUUUCAGGCCUGGUCUGUCACUGUCAGCAUGGCCUUGGCCUCAGCUCUCUUAUCUGUAAAAUGGAGGAAUUCCACUGCACAGUUUCCAAGGUCCCUGCUAACUUCCACAUGUUGUGGUCAGAUUCUUUUUAUGACUUUCUGAAGGGAUAACAUGGUUUGAAGUGAAUCUAGUUAAGGUGAUGUUUUAGGGCAACUUUCUUCUUAUCUCUUACAGUGUUCUUACAACUCUUUGAAUAUCAUGAGAACCUCCUGUCUGUUCAAAUUCUCUCUUCCUUCACUGAUGCUCAAUAUCCAAAUGAUAUCAAACUGUCAACCUACCAAAAAAAGAUAUUGUGGCUUGUGGGGUAGUGUUAUCAUGGUUUUGAUACGAUCUCAUAUUGACUGCCCAUUGGCCUGAAAAUACUCAUUGUAAGCUUGGAAAAAAAAAAUUUCUUUCCCACUGAUUGGGGUUUUUUUUCUGCUUAUUGUAAGAAUUAAAUGAAAUAAUGUAUGUGAAAGCACCUUGUAACCUGUAACCUAUCAAUGUAAAAUGUUAAGGUGUAUUGUUAUUUCAUUAUUUACUUCUUUGUUUAGAAUGGAAUUUCCUAUGCACUACUGUAGCUGGGAAAUGCUGAAAACAACCGUGUUUUUUAAUUAAUCAAUAACUGUAAAAUUAAAGUAACUUCAAAGGAUGAAACAA